AUGGGGAACUUGCUGCUGAAGAAGCGCGAGUGGUCUGCCCAGUGCUGCCCAUGGUGCCCCUUCGCGGCCUGCUGCGAGCUGCUGCUGCCCCUCGCGGUCUUGGCCCUGCUGUGGUGGGCCAAAUCCGAGUGCGCCAGCAACGGACAGUGUCAGAUCCCCAUCCUGGAGGGCUGGGGUGGCCGCAUGCCCAAGACGAUGAAGAGCACCACAUGCCAAGAAGGCCUGCCGCUGGAGGACGACGCUGGCAGCUGGCUGAUGAGAUCCUACUGCAACCUCUGGACCAAGUAUUACUUGACGCCCCGGGACCCUGUCACCGUGCUGUCCUACCUUCACUGGUCUGGCGAGCGACUGGCACUUGCAGUAGAGCAUCCUGAAGACUCGGCAAAGGUGGAGCGAUUUCGUGACACCAUCACGGCCGAGUGGUUUCCUGACCUGACCUUGAGGAACAUCCCCUGUGUGCCUUUGGAGCGCGAUUUGCUCGGGAAGAUCUCGAGCUCGGUGAUGGGAAAGGCGGAGAAUCGCACCACUCUGGCGUGCCAGAAGAAGAAGGUGAAUCCUGGAGUCCUGCCAGGCUUCGCCAACUUGACCCACCCCAAGAUCUUCACCGCUGCGGAGCUGGACACAUACUUGGACAGUGCGGACACCGCCCGGCUAUUCGGGGCGCUGGUCUUCCACAAAGUGCCGGGCCAGGGGGAGCUGGGCGCCCCCGGCGACUGGGCCUACAGCAUCCGGCUCAACGUCUCUGCAGGCACUCAGAUCUUCACGCGCGUUCCCAACACUCGGCCACUGGAUCUGGGCCUGAAGCAGAACGAGGCUUUCGUGUACAUGAGUCGCGGCUUCGUUUCUUUGCAGCUGCUGGUGGACCGCUACAUCAUCGGCUGGCCCAGCGACGUGCAGCUCACCGAGGAGGCGCGCCUGGAGCUGCUGCGCUUGGGCGGCAUGGGCUGGGCGCAGCAAGAGUCCGCGGCCACGCGGCGGAUCCUCGCCGAGAGCCAGCGCUACCAUCCACAGGCACUGGGUGCGUUGCCCAUGCCCGUUGGCGGCAUCGUCCUGGAUGGGUUCUUCGAACUUAUUGCCCUCGCAUUCCCCCUAGUCUUCAUCGUAGCCUUCCUCUACACUCAGAAGAAGGUGCUCAACGAGCUGAUCUCGGAGAAGGAGACGAAGGUGCGAGAAAGCUUACGGAUGCUCGGCGUGGGAAGCCUCGCCAUCAUUAGCUCCUGGUUUGUGACCUACGGUGCCAUUUUCGCCGCCCUUUGCGCCAUUUUCGCGGUGGUCUCCUCUUUCUACGUCUUCCCGGGAUCCAGCACAAUGCUGAUCUUCGCGUUCUUCUGGCUUUGGUGUAUGUCCUUCCUUGCCUUCGCAUGGUUCAUUCACUGCUUCUUCAAUCAGUCUCGCACAGGAGGCAUCGUUGGCAUGAUCAUCAUGUUCGCGCAAUGGAUUGUGUAUUCCUCGCAGAAUCAAGAGGGUCCACCAUCCGAGACGGUCUCUGUGCUGCUCAUGCUGAUGCCCAAUGCCGCGUUUUGCACCGGCCUGGAAGUUCUCGCGAAGUUCGAAGCGGCCAGGGUGGGUGCUCAGUGGAGCAACAUCUUCAUGGAAGUGAGGAACACCUCCUUCGCAGAGGUUCUGGGCAUGAUGUGCCUGGACAUCCUUUUGUUUACUGCGCUGGGAUGGUACUUCGAUCGGGUGCUGCCCAAAGAGUUCGGCGUGCGCCUGCCCCCGCACUUCUUCCUGCAGCGCUCCUUUUGGCAGUCAACGAGGUCCCCCGCGCUGGGCGCCGCGGAGGCGGCGGAGCUCGCAGCGGACGCGGCGCUGCGGGGCCCGGCGGCACAGUGCGCGGCCCUUGGCUGCGCCGAGGAGGUGGCGACCGCGCUGCGGCGCCGCUCCGCGGCCUCGGGCUGCGUGGUGCGCACCACGGCGCUGCGCAAGGAGUUCCAGACCCCGGGCGGCAAGAAGGUGGCGGUGGAGGGCCUCGACCUCGCCAUGUUCGAUGGCCAGAUCCUGGCGUUGUUGGGCCACAACGGUGCCGGCAAGUCCACCACCAUCAACAUGCUGACGGGCAUGGUGGAGCCCAGCUCCGGGGAUGCCGUGGUGGCGGGGCACCGCCUCAGCGACGGCUUGCAGGAGAUCCGCCAGGUCAUCGGCGUGUGCCCGCAGCACGAUAUCCUUUGGCUGGAACUGACAGUAUGGGAGCAUCUGACGAUCUUCGCGCAGCUGCGCGGCGUGCCACCUGAAGAGGUCACGAGCCGCGCCAGCGAGAUGAUGCAGAAGGUGGGCUUGACCGAGAAAGCCCGCACGCGCGCAGGAGCCCUCUCCGGGGGCCAGAAGCGGAAGCUGUCCUUGUGCCUGGCGCUGAUCGGGCGGCCCCCGGUGGUCUUUCUGGACGAGCCCACCUCGGGCAUGGACCCUUACAGCCGCAGAUCCACCUGGAACAUCAUCCGUGCAGCGCGGGAAGGCCGCGUGGUGGUGCUGACGACGCACUUCAUGGAUGAGGCGGAUAUCCUGGGGGACCGCGUGGCCAUCAUGGCCGAGGGCCGGCUGUGCGUCUGCGGCUCCUCGCUCUUCCUCAAGGCGCGGUUCGGCGCUGGGUACCGGCUCACGUGUUCCAGAGAGGAUGUGGCACAUGUGCCGGUGGAGAAUGAUCCCAUUGAGAUGGCUGUGAAGCGCCACGUGCCGGACGCGCGCCGCAUCACGGACAUCGGGGCAGAGCUGGCCAUGCAGUUGCCAUCAUCCGCGACGUCUAGCUUCCACGGCCUGCUGACGGAUUUGGAGAGGAAUGCUGCUAGCCUUGGCCUUGCACAUUACGGCCUCUCCAUGGUCAAGCUGGAGGAGGUCUUCCUGAAAGUGGCCAGCGGGGAGAUGGAUGGGCACCCGAGCGACUCGAGCGAGGCCCAUCCGACGAGCCAAUGGACCGCGGCCACCCUGAAGCCCCGAGUGUGGCGUCACCUGGGCGCGCUUUUCAUGAAGCGUGCCCGGUACGGUCGGCGUGACAUCAAGGCGCUCGCGUGUACCGUUCUUAUGCCGGUGGCUCUCCUGGCCUUUGGGCUUGGCAUUCUGAAUGUGGUCGGAGACCGCCAUAUGCCGGCGCUGCUGAUUGACGUGGCCAGUCAGUUCGGGCACACGCCAGUGCCCUUCAACGUCACAGGCGAGUUCAGCAGCGCGGCGCACGUGCGCCUGCAGCCGGAGCAGCUCACGGAAGGCGUGGCAGAUGGCCUGAUCUUUGGCAGGAAGUAUGCCGAGGGGAGCCCGGUCUUCGAACUCUGUGAGGAGAAGCCCAGCUUCCUCUCCAAGUGCUGGAAGGAGAACAACAUUUGUGAGCAUAUCCUGCCAUUCCUGGAGCUUGCCAGCAGUGUGAACAUGGGCAUCGGCUGCAGCACCGACAGCGACGGCUGCAAGGCCGCCAUCCAGGAUGCCUGCCAGGCAGGCGCUGCCCAGUGCACGGGCAGCUGCCUGCAGCGAGCGGACAUCUCCGAGAGCAUUUGCCGCUCGCAGUGCCGGGAGGUGUGCCUGGGUGCGGCCAACUACUCCAAGGCCUGCGACCUGCUGAAGCCCAUCGGCACCGUGGCCGACGUGUGCCCCGUGGAAUGCGCCUCCUCGCAGAACGAGACCUGCCCGGUGGGCACGGUGUGCUCUCUGCCCUUCUCCCCCGCGGUGGCGGAGCCGGAUGCUUUGCUGCGCAUGGCCACGCUGCUCUUCCAGCAAGGUGGGGCGAUCUCCAAGCGCUCCGACGUUCGCUACGGGGCGGUGCUCACAACUUCCAACAGCUCACUAGGCACGCAAGCCAUGGUCCUGUACAACACAUCUGCGCCACACGCAGCUCCUGCUUUUGUCAACCUGCUGUCGAGUGCGCUGCAGCAGGCGCGCGGCGGCGGGUCCAUCUCGGUGAGCAGCCACCCCAUGCCUCGCUCCAGGUCCGAGAAGCUGAGCCAGGUGGUCAGCGCUGUGGUGGACCUCACCUCCACCUUCGUGAUCAUCAUCGCAUUCUCCUGGAUCCCUCCGGCCAUCGUGGCCUAUGUGGUGAGAGAGCGCGAGGCGCACCACAACUCCAAGCACCAGCAGCUCAUAUCCGGCGUGAGCAUUUUCGCGUACUGGACCUCCAACUUCCUGUGGGAUGUUUGCCUCUAUGUGCUGCCUUUGGGUUUCACCAUGCUCUUCCUCCGCCUCUUUGGCAUCAGCGCCUUUGUGGACCAUGGGGCCUUCUGGGCCAGCUUCGUGGUCUUCGCAGGAUAUGGGCUCGCCAUCGCUCCCUUCUCAUAUUUGUUGUCCUUCCUCUUUGCCAAGCACACCUCGGCGCAGAUCAUUUCUUUGGUUGUGAACUUCCUGACCGGCCUCCUCCUCAUGCUGACCUCGUACAUCCUGAACCUCAUCCAGAGCACCAAGGAUGUGAACGAGUCGCUGAUGUGGAUCUACCGGCUGUUUCCAGGAUUUUGCCUUGGACAUGGCCUCUUCGAGAUUUGCACCAACUCUGUGCUCGCAGAGCAGUUCAACUUGGACGUGGCGCUGCUGGGAUGGGAUGUGGCGGGGAAGGAUGCCCUCUUCCUGUACAUAGCGGCACCUUUCUACUUCGUCCUGGCAGUGCUCAUCGACUUCUUGCUGCAUUCGCCCCUGGCGGCGGCCUCGCGGCACCUGGACCCCAGCGUGCAGGAGGAGGUCGUGGAGGACGACGCCGACGUGGCGGCGGAGGCCCGACGGGACCGCUCUGGCGACAUGGUGCGCCUGGAGGGCUUGCGCAAGGUCUACCGAACGCCGGAGGGGGCGCCCAAGGUGGCCGUCCACGGGCUCAGCUUCGGCCUGCAGCGGGGCGAGUGCUUCGGCUUCCUCGGCAUCAACGGAGCUGGCAAGACGAGCACCCUGAACAUGCUCACGGGUGCGAUUCUGCCCUCUGGCGGCCAUGCUUUCCUGGGUGGCCAUGAUGUGGUCCAGGAGCAGUGGAAGGUGCGGCGGCUGCUGGGCUACUGCCCGCAGCACGACGCGUUGCUGGACCGCCUCACGGUGCGUGAGCACUUGGAGCUCUUUGGGCGAGUCAAGGGCAUCCGCACGGCGGAGCUUCGUCGACUUUGCGACCAGAUGAUGGAGGACCUUUCCUUGAUGCCGCACGUGGACAAGCUGGCCAUGACGCUGAGCGGCGGCAACAAGAGGAAGCUGUCGCUGGCCAUCUCUCUGAUGGGUUCUCCGCCCCUGGUGCUCCUGGACGAGCCCAGCACCGGGGUGGACCCGGCCGCAAGGCGCCUCAUGUGGCACGUCAUCUCCUCCGUGUCCACGCUGAGACGGGAGAGCACCGUGAUCCUCACCACCCACAACAUGGAGGAGGCCGAGGCGCUCUGCUCCCGCGUCGGCAUCAUGGUGGGCGGGCGGCUGCGCUGCCUGGGCACCAACCAGCGGCUGAAGGCGCGCUUCGGCCAGGGCUACCAGCUGGAGGUGCGGCUGCACGAGCAAAAGACGGAGGAGAGCGAUGCCGCGGCGCUGGACAUGGCGGCGGUGAGGCAGCGCUGCGCCGAGCUGGGCCAGCCAGGCCGGGCCUCUCUGAUCCGCGAGGGCUGUGAGGAAGGCUUUCUUGUCUUUGACGCCCUGUCUCGAGAAGGCGCGGUGCCGGCGGCGACCUUCGCCCAGUGGUGGGCCUUCGAGGACACCGCGGCGCAGCUCGAAGCCUUUUUGGAGCGGAAGUUCCCGGGCACGAGACAGCUGGAGAGGCACGAGCACAGCUUCCGGUUCCGGCUGCCCAGCUGCUCGCUGGGGGAGGUCUUCAAAGUCAUGGAGGAGAGGAAGGCGGAGCUGCAGCUGGACGAGUACGCGGUGAGUCAGACCAGCCUGGAGCAGAUCUUCAACGACUUCGCGGCGCUGCAGCAGGAGGAGACCGGCCCGGUGCAAGGACUCUUCGUGGAGGGGAGGUCGGUCCAGGAGGCGCGAAGCGGUUCUGUAGAACUGAUGGCUGGGGUGUGA